AUUUUUAUCUUUUCCUCUUUUUUCCAGUAUUUUUAUCUUUCCCUCCUCACUAUAUCAUCUUUCUCGCAACGCUCUUCAUUCUAAUGAUUUAGGGUUCAGAGAAAUUCUUUCUCUCUCCUGAAAUGACAAGUUCCCUUUCUCUCUUUAAUCUCCCAUUUUCUUUAUUUGAAUUAUCAUUGUUUUAAGUAAUUUAUCUGUGCGAUUUUGCGGGAUUAUCAUUGCGAAAAUAGUUGAUAUCCGAUUAUAAUUCCUCUAAGUUUGAUAUUUGUGUGAUUUUAAUGUGAAUUUCAGCAAUUACAACUCGAAUUGAAGCGUGCUUGUCGCUGAAUCUCCUCGCAAACGGUUAUAUCAAACUCUCUUCAUUAGAAGAGUCCUUACUGGUAUUAGCUGCAUUUCUCAAAGGUUUCAAAUCUUUCCAAAUACUUUUCCAGUGGAUAAAUCUUGGAUUCGAUUACCAAGGAACACAACUGGAUAUUUGUUUGGUUUGAAUCAAUUUCUAGAUCUUACAUUUAAAAAUGGAUCUAUAGAAGAUAGAAUAAAAUGUCCGUGUCCUAAAUGUGGUUUUGUGAAGUGGUUGACUAGGGAUAUAGUGUUCGAUCAUUUAAUCUACAAGCCAUUGCCUCAAGAUUAUAUCACUUGGGUUUUUCAUGGGGAAAUAAAUCUGUCGCAGAACUUUAAUAACAUAGAGGUCACUCAAGAUACACUACUUGCUAAAAAUCCAGUAGACUUAUUCCAGGUCCACGUACAGCAGGUAAUAAUAUAGAUGUAUACUUACAACCCCUUGUUAAGGAGUUGAAUGAGUUGUGGUAUUAAGGUGUGGAAACUUGUGAUUCAUCGAAGAAUGAAAUGUUCAGAAUGUGAGCAGCUCUUAUGUGGACAGUCAGUGAUUUUUCUGGACUUGAUAUCUUAUCUGGUUGGAAUACGCAUAUUGGUUUGGCAUGCCCCUCUUGUAAUUUUGAUUCAGAACCUUGUCGACUUCCUCACAUUAGAAAAUGGUGCUUUAUUGGUCAUCGUCGAUUUUUGGUAUGAAAUCACAAAUUUAGAUUGAUGAGGCAUCAUUUUUAUGGAGAUGUGGAGGAGAGGAACCCGCCGAGGAAGUUAUCAGGGUCAGACAUUUUUCAACAAGUGAAAGAAAUCGAUGUUACAUUUGGAAGGCUAACAGAGUUGAAUGCUAGAAAGAAAAGAAAUAGACAAAGAAAAAAUGAGGAAGGUGCAACCCAACAGUGGAGAAAGAAAAACAUAUUCUUCAAUCUUCCAUAUUGGGAAUUCAACUUGUUGCGCCAUAAUUUGGACGUCAUGCACAUCGAGAAGAAUAUAUUUGAUAAUAUUCUAUACUCUUUGCUAAUGGAUAAAGACAAAUCAAAGGAUCAUGUUAAGGCUCGAAAAGAUCUAAAAAAUAUGGGUAUAAGGCUUGAUCUUUGGCCAGAUGAGAACGAGAAUUGUCGUCUUGCUGCAUUUGCAAUUCCAAAAGCGAAGAGAGUCGCCUUCCUAAAAAUAUUAAAGAAUAUUUCAGUGCCUGAUGGUUACUCAAUUAAUAUCUCUCAUUGUAUUGAUCUGGACCAGAAGAGGAUCUUCGGAUUAAAAAGUCAUGAUUGUCACAUCAUCAUGGAACAAUUGUUACCUGUCACCAUUCGAAAUGUGCUUCCGAAUGAGGUUGUUGCAGUCUUGAUAGAGCUUUCUUCCUUUUUCUAGAAAUCUUAGUUUGAAAAACUUGAGCCUAUCUGACCUAGAGAAGCUACACGAUCGGAUUGUAGUCACACUUUGUCACUUAGAGAUUUUAUUCCCUCAAUCGUUCUUUACUGUCA